AUGAAGGAGUUGGUUAAGGAUAUCAUCAAGGGAAUUACAAAUGGUGUUGACCCAAAGAGGCGCUAUUGGGGAAUGGGAGGUGCCUACUAUUUUUGGGAUAUAUGGGGGCAACAUGUUGCAAUUAUUAAACCAACCGAUGAGGAACCUUGUGCUCCAAAUAAUCCUAAAGGUUUUGUGGGGACGACUCUUGGGCGACCCAGCCUCAAAAGAUCUAUACUGGGUUGGGAUAGAUCACAGGCUCAUAGCAAGAUUGCCUUGUUGCAACAAUUCAUUCCACAUGACUAUGAUGCUAGUGACCAUGGAACAUCGAGCUUACCUAUCUCUUCCAUUCACAGGAUUGGCAUACUCGACAUUAGAAUCUUUAACACUGAUAGGCAUGGUGGCAAUCUUCUAGUCAGGAACCUUGACAAUGGAUCUAGCCGUUUUGAAGCUCAAACAAAACUUAUUCCCAUUGAUCAUGGUCUCUGUCUUCUAGAAAGUCUGGAAGAUCCUUACUUUGAGUGGAUUCAUUGGCCACAAGGAUCUAUUCCUUUCUCUGAAGAAGAACUAGAGUAUAUCAAAGAUUUGGACCCUAUAAAGGACGUUGAAAUGCUUCGCAUGGAGCUGCCCACGAUUCAUGAGGCAAGUCUUAGGGUGUUGGUCCUCUCAACAAUAUUUCUCAAGGAAGCUGCAACUUCUGGCCACUGCUUGUCAGAGAUAGGGGACAUGAUGAGCAGACAGUUUACCAAAAAAGAAGAGGAGCCAAGCGUGCUUGAGGUUAUGUGUAUGGAAGCAAGGAAUUGGGUUAAGGAGAUAGAAUUGCUUUUUACAAGAAACAAACUUUGA